CGCCGGGAGAGCCGCACAUUCGCAGGAGGAAGCUUCAAGUGGAAGGUCGUGUUCAGAGGAGCGAAACAGGAGUCGCACGUAUAGACAGCACCACGGGGGCGAAAAAGAGAAGGAUAAAUAGUGAAAACGAAAGCGGAAGGAAGGACAUAACCAGUGACGAAUCUCCAAAAGCGAGACUAGUAGAGCCUUUUCAGAAAAAUCGAGAAGAAAACCAGCGGACCAGCAGCUCUGCUCCGAGGAUUUGCGAGGCGGAGAAGUACCCCUGACAUAGUUUCCGCUUCCUGGGCAAGGAACUGCAGUGACCCCCGCCUGACCCCACUCAGAAAAAUCGAUUCCCUGCAAAUCGGGGAAGAAGGUGUCGAGAAAAGUGCAACUAGGUUCCCAGAGCGAGAGAAAGCCACCUCGAAGGUCACGUUUCGCGACUCGAGCUUAAGUUCCAGCUUCAAUUCCGGAAGCGGCAGCCACCAAAGCCACUACAACGGAGCCGUUAACCCACCAACCACAACGCUGCAGCGAGGAAGACCCGGCCAGAGGCGAACCGCAGGCGCCGCCGAGCAAGAAAAAGACCACGCCGCACCGGUAGGAGGCCAGCGCACGACCAGGAGCCGCCGGAAUGGCCUACCUAAUCAACAUCCUCAAGUUCAAUGUGAAGUACUUAAAAAAUCAAUAACUGGACACGCGACAGCCAUCCCAGCCGACCAUCCCAGAAGCAUCCCAGUCCGCAAGGACUUCCCACUCAGGCUUGCUCUCUCUAUAUCCGUCCCUUUUCUGGCACUCUUCCAUCCUCCUUCUCGCUCGCUGCUGGCUCCUCUCGCAGGCAUUCUCGAAUCGAACUGGGCCCGAAUCGAACCUAGUUGCAUAUUGGUCUGCGUCCGUGCCUCGCUCUGCUGCGCACCGCCUUGGUGGUGCCUCCGCGGACAAUGGAAAGAUCUGGGAAAUUUUCAGAUUACCUCUUCGCCAAAAUGGGUCCCCCCACCGCCACCGAGCUGCCCCCGAAGACCACCGAGCGCAGCGACGCCCCCGUCGAGCUCACCGGGUACCGCCGCUGGCUCAGCGACAAUCUGAUGCUCCUGGUUACCCUCUCCGGAGUGUUGCUCGGCGUCGUCCUGGGACUGUCGCUGCGACCGCUGCACUUGCACGGGGACUCCAUCAUGCUGAUUUCGUACCCCGGAGAGCUCUUUAUGCGCGUCUUGAAGCUGAUGAUUCUGCCCUUGGUGAUAUCCAGUCUGAUCGCCGGAUCGGCCAGCCUGAAUGCCAAGAUGAACGGCAAGAUUGCACUUCGCACGCUGGUCUACUUCGCCAGCACUUCUUUCUUCAAUGCUGCUCUCGGAAUCGCUCUGGUCAUGCUCAUCCAUCCUGGCAAUCCGGACUUGCACAACGCGGAGGAUCGCUCCACGGACAAGCGGGCGGUGAACUUGCUUGACAGCCUCUUGGAUUUGGGCAGAAACGUAUUUCCGGACAACCUGUUCCAGGCCUCGAUCCAGCAGGCCCACACCGUGUACCUCCCGAAGCCGAGUAUCGCACACGCCUUCAAUGAGACGUUCAACGACACCCUGGUUUCCGGAGUGGAGGCCCAGCGGCAGGCGGAGGAUCUGGCCGAGGAGGUGGUCUUGGUGCGGGACGUGCAGUACCGCAGCGGCACCAACACCCUGGGCAUCGUGUUUUUCUGCCUCGUCUUCGGCACCUUCCUGGGCACCAUCGGGCAGAAGGGCCAGGUGGUGGUCGACUUCUUCGCAGCCAUCUUCGAGGUCAUCAUGAAGAUGGUCACCUGCGUCAUGUGGCUGACUCCCGUGGGCAUCAGCUCCGUCAUCGCCGGCAAGAUACUGAGCGUGGACGACCUGGGCCUGGUGAUGGCCCAGCUGAUGUGGUUCAUCAUCACGGUGGCCCUCGGAGUGUUCAUCUACCAGUUCGUCGUCAUGCAGGCCAUCUACUUUGUCGUCGUGCGUCGGAAUCCGUUCAAGUUCUAUGCCGGACUCAUCCAGGCCAUGCUUACCGCCUUCGCCACGGCCUCAACCGCCGCCGCCUUGCCCAUCACAUUCCGCUGCAUGAACGAGAAGCUGCGAGUGGACCCGCGCAUCACCCGGUUCGUGCUGCCGAUCGGCUGCAACAUCAACAUGGACGGAACGGCCCUGUACAUCUCCGUGGCCUCGAUCUUCAUUGCCCAGAUGAGCGGAAUGGUGCUGGGCUUCGGGGAGCUGCUCACGGUCCUCCUCACCGCAACGGCGGCCUCGAUGAGCUCGGCCAGUGUUCCCAGUGCGGCCCUGGUGCUGCUCCUGGUGGUGCUCACCGCCAUCGAUGCUCCCGUGCAGGACGUGACGCUGCUCUUCGCCGUCGACUGGUUUGUAGAUCGCAUCCGUACGACUAACAACAUGCUAGGAGACUGCUACACCGCCGCCAUAGUGGAGGAGCUCUCGCGAAAGGAACUUAUGGCAUUGGACGCAGCUUCCGUCAACUAUCCGGACAUGCCCGCUGGCACGCCCAACGGUCACAGCCACGACGGCGGUCUUCUGGAGGGCCAGACCGAGCUGACCAUGACCGACUCGGUGGUGGUGGACAUGAGCGCGGUGAUGAACAACGUGAGCCUGCAGCAGGAUCACAGCAACCGCAGGGUCUAGAGGAGCCAGCCCGAUCCCCGUUCGUCAGAGUGCGCAGUCCCAGAACCACCACCACCACCACCACCACCGCCGACGACUCACAAUAAUAGGAACCACCACAAUAAUUGAAGAACAACAACCACCCAGUGUUCCCCACGAUAGUUUUGAUAUACAGGAUCUUUGAGGAGCCAAAUGGAGACUGUCUGACGAACCCACCCGUAUUGAAUUUACCCUUUUGGACAAUGUCGAUAGCAAUUAACUAGACUCCGUAUUACGCAUAUAUUGGACAGUAUCAGCUUAGGUAACCCCAGAAGCACACUAGUGGCCCGAACCCCAAGAUGUAGUAGAGUUAGGAAGGAUUUGUGAUCUGACCCGGAAACGAUGUGCAUAAUCUAUGGGUAUUAUAUAUUUCGUAAGCUCAGUUGUGAUUGGGUCUUUGGUUUGAUGUACUGUGUGUAUUGGGAGGGCGGAGGGAGCGCUUGAACGCAGGUUGUGUAAGGAGCUGGCCUAGGUUAAUUAUAGUUUAGUUCACCAUCAGUGAUCCGUUGAAUUCCUAGAACUCACGUUUGGUUAGAAAACCCUUCACCCGAGAGCUAUUUAAUACCAAGAUUUACUACCAGAUAUCGGUACCAAUUAUCACAUACGCAUUCGUAGACUGACAGCAGACUUAGUAUCUUAGUUAUAGCGUUAACAAUACAUAAUGCAUAUAUGCAAUACUAAUAACCAAUACGACAUUCGAGAUUUGUACUCAGCAUACUCUGCAUUCAAUAAAUGCUAUUAUACCCACA